UCAGUGCUGCUGUGACCUCACGCCAGGUGGGUGUGCCGCGCAGCGACCUCGUCUCACGUCCCCUUUAGCGAUCUUCUUCCACGCCUACCACUUAACGUUCACAUAGUGCACAAAACAUUUUCUGAACUAUAUCCGUCUUACAAUUAUUUACUUUACCCGUGGAAAAAUCAUAAAUAUGAUAGUGUGAUAUUUGUGCCGGAUUCAUCUAUGUAAUGAAAAAAUAAUGGAAUGUUCAACUGGUUACAGUAUAUGGGCGAAUCUAAGUAAAGGGUUUUAAGUUUGUUGUACAUGCCAUAUAUAAAUAUGUUUUAAGUAAAGUUUUCUAAAUUAUUUUACUGGUCUGAAAAAGUUUUAAAAUAAGUAACACAUUAAUUUAUAGAGUAAUGCUGAUCUUAUGUGAUGUGAUUUUCUUACAAAGCUUUUAAAUAAUCUCAGAUAUUUUUCACUAACGGUUAAAUAAACCCACUGAAAGCUCCAUUCAAUAUUUGUAAAGAUGGUAUAAAAUACCUGUCGGAAGUGAUACCGCACCGGAUGUGUCCCUCCCCCCGCCCGGAAGUCAGUGACAACAUGUGCUCCUCACGACCCGACUACUAAGCAUGGCUAACCCAUACAUCACCUUUUUGUCGCUAAGUUGCCUGCUUUCAGGGACACUCCUGGCAAGGAUCCACAGAAAAGAAUGGAAGGGCUCAGGCUGUCCACCCCCAGGGUUAACGCUGCACGGCCGCAGAGUCACUGCCAGGGCCAAUGCCGCCCCCGACUACUCCACAGUGGGCGAGGUCCGCUUCUCGGCCGAGUUCGCCGCCCCCGUCCAGUUCGGUCCGCUCAAGAAGGUCUGCAAGAUAAAGUGUAUUGGAGGCGAAUGGGUUGGCCCACUCUGCCAGCAGGAUCCUGAUGCUGUUGGAGGUACAAGGUACCAACCACUGCUGAGGAGCUGUAUCAUUGUCUCAACACCUCCCCACACCAUCGUUUCCUACCGCAACGUCACCAUUACGCCCAGAAACGAAGUAUUCCCGCACAACUCUAUGGCUCAGUUCCGCUGCAAGGAACCUCUCGGGAUGUAUAAACUCCUAGGGGAGUCAGAACUCCAAUGUAACAAUGGUGUCUGGAACCACAGGUUGCCCUCCUGUAUACCCACCACUCUGCUAACAAACUAUACAGAAGAUUCCCCGCCAACAAUCCUGAUACGAAUACCAUCAGGAUCAGCAUCCGUGGAGCCCUCUGGAGUGUUAGCAGUAUUUCCUGAGACGAUCCUUCACUUGGACUGCUUAUUCUCCAGGAAGAUUGGCAAUCCCGAAUGGACCUGGACAUCUACUUACCGGCAGUACCUUACUGGCUGGGCUAUAGCAGCAGAGGAACGAGAAUGGAAAUACAGACUGUCUAUUUACUACACCAAGACCCAGGACACGGGCGUGUUUACCUGCCAGACACCUAGAGGUCUCACGAACAGUCUCAACGUUCAGGUGCUCGCUGUGGAAUGUGAUUUGAGAGACGUAGUGUCUCCUGACCGGCAUAUCAAGUCCAGAGUUGAAGGCAACAAAUUGGGCCAAGUGGCUCAUUUUCAGUGUCCCUUGGGAUUCCGGCUCAACGGCACUUCCAACCUCACUUGUCAAGCGUCAGGUCGUUGGUCAUCCCCAGUACCUCGCUGUGAGCCUAUCGUCUGUCCCGAUCUUGCCACGGACGACCCCUACCUUCGACUGGCCGAGUACAACACGAGCUACGGCGGCCGAGCGGUCUUCACCUGCCCUUGGGGCUUCAGAAUGGCCGGUCCUCCCGGCCUAGAAUGUGAGCUCAACGGACUCUGGUCGGGACCACUACCUUCUUGUAAAGCGAUUCGGUGUACACCACCUGUUGUACCGCUGAACGGCCGUUUGGUAGAAGAUGCGACUCCUGGGAUUUACGGUGUCGGCGCGGUCAUCCAGUUCUCCUGUAGCGAAAGACACCAGCUAGUGGGCGAAGCCAGUAUAGUCUGUAUAGAGACAGGGGUUUGGUCCCACCCUCCACCCUUCUGCAAGCCAAAGUGCGAUUAUCCCGGUGAGCCCGCCAACGGCCGAAUAGUCCCUCUGAAGUUCUCUUAUGACCCAGGGGAUCACCUCAAGGUUACGUGUCACGCAGGCUUCGUGUCCAGACUGGACGCGCGGCCCACCUGCCAGCCGGACGGCACGUGGUCCGAACCCGUGCCGGAGUGUACCAACUACCGAGAUGUGUGACUAGAGGCCAACCGGACCGGUCUAGAAGUGAGCCGGACCGAAUUUGACAGUGACCGGACGGAAGUUAUCGAUACAAUUCGAACCAGACUAACGGGCAACCGGACCGGACCGUACAAUAACCGGAUGACAGUGGAACCAAAAUGGACUGAAAUAGAGGAGGGAAAAACUGAUGUGCAUGUAAAUCAAGAUGCAUUGGACCAGGAAGGUCUCUUUAACAAGACAGAAAUUAUUCCCAGUACUAAAUCUUUAAUAGUAGAAAAUACAACACCGAGCGUAACUGCUACUAAAAGCAUUGUUUCAGAACGUGUUUUUUCUACCAUAGUAAGUUCAGUGUACAUAUCUAAAAUACCUCCUGAACUCAAAGUUACGAAAAGUCUCAACGACUAUAUAACGCUUGACAACACAGUUAAAACCACAGAACGUAGUAAUUAUGAUACCUCUGAUGAAUUAAGAGAAGAUUCUAUUCCAAUAGAAACUAAAAGAUCAAGUGCAAGGAAAUAUCACAAUAAAAACGUGUCACAUGGAUCACAAACUGGUUCCACACCAACUGAUACUAUAUCAAGUACCGAAGGAACUCAAGACACUACACCAGGUUUGAUAACUGUCGUUGAAAGUUUGGAGGAUCAUAAUUCUGAAACUACAGCUGACAAACAAACCACUGUUAGUACGACAAAAUUAAUGUGGUUUGAUGAAGAUUAUUUGUACUAGAACUUAACUGCCUACGAAUAAUUAAUGUAUAGGCCUAACUUAAAAAAUCCUUUAAACGUAGACCGCUAGCUUUUCAUUCCAAUCCUUGUUUUAAUUUAUAUUUUUGUAAAUUGAAUUAUAGAGUGUAAGCGUAAAAUUUUAAGUACUCGUAAAGUGUACACAAACGGUACAGCCUAUAAGAAAACAUAUUACAUAGUUUAAGGUGACAUAAAUAUAAAUUUCAUCAGGUAUUGAUAUUUUCUAAUAUAAGAUAAAAGGCUAAUUACCGAUUCAUGUAUUAAAUGUAAAUAUACAUGUUCAAACCUCAAUUUAAUUCAAUAAUUUUCUAUUUUAAAACUAAAAGCUAUUUUAGUGUAUGGACAUGAAUAGUAGGCAUCUAAUAUUUAUAAGUGAAGCCUAUGAGGACACAAGAAAUUUAAAUCGAAUCGUUCUAUAGAAGAAUCUUGUAAUACAUUCUCUAAAUUAUUCUAUUAUAGGUGAAAAUGUAUGAAAUUAAAUACUAGUUUAUCCAUAAAAACUUAAUUUUAACUUACUUCAGCAAGGUGAUAAAGUGCUUUUGACUAAUGACAUAGCAUAAAUAUAAUAACCAAUUCUUUUAUAUAUUACCGUUGUAAUUGAAGAAAGGACUAAUAUUAUAUGCGUUUGUAAACACGUAAUUAGAUAAAUGAGGGUUUUAAAAAUAACAAAUAAGACUAAUUACAGCGGAUACAUAGGUCAAGUUGUGCAUAGUUUUUAUGAGAUUGAUGGGAUCAAUACAGUACUGUAAUACGAUAAAAAUUAAUCUUAAACGUUCUAAAAUCACAGUGAUAUAUUUUUGUUUACGUUUCUAUUACAAAACGACACAUUAUUUGCUUUUAUAUUUAUUUCAUAUUAAUACUUAUCAUAUUUCAGUGAAAUAAUGGCAUGAAGUCUUACAAACUUAUUUCAUAUGUCUCGGUUUGUGCAUAGUGAAUUAAUUUAUAAAAAAUGUAUUACAAAGAUUUUAAAAUAUUAUUUUGUUAUGUAUAAUAUUAUAUAGCAUAACUAUCAUUUUAGGAAUGACAUAUCAUAAUUAUGAUUCUAUGAAUUUUAAAAAUUAGUAAAAUACAGCUUAUCUUUUUGAUGGUUUUAACUUUUAAAGGCAUUUUUAAUUCAGGUUGGCAUUUAAGAUUCACUCUGUAUCAGUUAAACUAUCGUAUCUGAAGAAAAACAUCAAUUGUUAUAGAACAGAUGACCUUUCACAGAGACCUUUUUUAAUCGUAUUCAUAAACAGACUAUCAGGUUACAAUCUUAACUGGAUAAGAAUGUUCUGUGAUGUACAGCUGUCACUAUUACCAGUCAAAGAAUAUAACUGCAUUUGGAACAUAGAUGUAUAGAAAGAAGUAAUAAAACGUGUCUAACAUAAUGAGGUUUUAAUCUUGCAAAUGUUCUUAGCAGUUUAUCUGACUUUAUAAUAUCCGUGCAAUUAUAAAACAGUAAUACUCUUUAAGGAGGCAACGUUAACAUCAAACCUGAUUCAAAUUUACAUUUCAGAGACUGGCCUUUCACAACCUUUUUAACUAAUGAGUGCUAAUAUUUUAUUCCAUCCAUUAUUAAAAUUGCUUCAAUAUCCACGUAGUCUGAUUUCUAAUCAUUACUCCAUAAGCUCUUUUUGGUUAUUUAUGUAUUCCAAAAAUGAAUUACAUAUACCAUGGCCUACAAUACUUUGUAUUUAAUAACCCAUCAAAUAAUAGAAUAUUAUAAAAGUAUUCUAAACCACAUAUCGCAUAUUCGCUUUUCUCUUCAAAAUACGUGUAUCAAUUUUACGCGUUUAUGAUACUCUUAUUUAGUAUUCUUAAAUUUUGUUAUGCGUGCAUUGAUUAUGCACAAAAGAAAUUUAUUAGUUUGCUAAAUUGUGGUAUUGCAAUACCAUAGAUUAACACAAAAAAUAGACGUGUUUAGUAAUAAUAAUAUAUUAAAACAUAAUUUAUCACACCAUGUCAAAAAAACUUAAAUUAUUAAUAACUUCAUGUACAAUGAGUUGAAACCCAGCAAAGUAUAAGAAAUAUGUUUAUUAGCUCUACGCUUAAAUAUUAUAAUCAAUCAAUUCAAUGACCAACUGAGAACAUGUAUAAAUAAGUAAAAGGAAAAGUAGAAUAUUUGUGACUCGAUGGAUUACAGCUAAUACUAAGGAAUUUGACACCAUUUUAAAGUUAUCUGUGUAUUAUAUAUAUGAAAAUAUAUAUGAAAAUUACAAACAUUAUGUUCUUUAAUAUGCAUUUUCAUGAUAAUACUAAUUAUUUAUUGUAAUUAAUUUAACUGCAUUCAAUACUUGUAAUAUGAAAAAAUAAUUAGGUAUAUUAUUUAGGCACGUAAUACAAAUUUUGCACCACAAAAAAUAUAAAUAGUAAAUUUUGUUUAUGAAAAUUUUCGUGACUAAAAAUUGUAUUUAAAUUGAUUUACUAAUUUGUAUUACAAAUUUCACGACGUAUAUUUGAAGGGAGCUGUACAUAUCCUUAUAAAGGACGUAUUAGCAUUUGAGUGUAUGUAAAUAUUUAAAAAUAUUUAAUAAAUAUAGCUAGAAAGUUAUCCUUCUUGUAAAUACCAUUGACAAAUUAUUCACAGUGAUUGUUUUAUUAUUAAAAAGGCGUUAUUAGAAACAUAUUAAUAUAUUUUAGCUGUACAGUGUUUGUCAAUAUGUGAGUAUACAGAAUAUUUUGUUAAAAUUGUGAUAUUAUUGUAAAAUAUUGAAUAUAUUAUUAUAUUUUGUACCUGAAAAAGUAAAAGUACAAUAUGCGAUGGGUAUUGUGACAUGUGAAUAAAUACUUAAAAAUG